UACUUCAUACUGAACUGAAAAAGAGGCAUGACAAGAUCAGUGACUCUCAUCACUUCCUGUAUGGGCUCAACAUCCUUCCUUAAUUUAACCAAGCCUUAAGAGUGAGCUACUAUCGGGUGUUGAGACACAGCUAGAGACACAGAUAGACAUGGCUGAGACACAGAUAGUCAUCGAUGAGACACAGAUAGUCUUGGAUGAGACACAGGAAGACAUGGCUGAGACACAGCUAGAGACACAGAUAGAGAUGGCUGAGACACAGAUAGAGAUGGCUGAGACACAGAUAGUCAUGGAGGAGACACAGAAAGAGAUGGAUGACACCCCGAAAGACAUGGAUGAGACACAGAUAGUCUUGGAUGAGACACAGGAAGACAUGGCUGAGACACAGAUAGUCAUGACUGAGACACAGAUAGUCAUGACUGAGACACAGAUAGUCUUGGAUGAGACACAGGAAGACAUGGCUGAGACACAGCUAGAGACACAGAUAGAGAUGGCUGAGACACAGAUAGUCAUGACUGAGACACAGAUAGUCAUGGAGGAGACACAGAAAGAGAUGGAUGACACCCCUAAAGACAUGGUUGAGACACAGAUAGUCUUGGACGAGACACCAAAAGACAUGGAUGAGACGCAGAAAGAGAUGGAUGAGACACAGAUAGUCUUGGACGAGACACCAAAAGACAUGGAUGAGACACAGAAAGAGAUGGAUGAGACACCGAAAGAGAUGGAUGAGACACCGAAAGACAUGGAUGAGACACAGAAAGACAUGGAUGAGACACCGAAAGAGAUGGAUGAGACACCGAAAGAGAUGGACGAGAUACGUACUUCUUCCUUGUUUGUCACUGAAGGAGACAGUCGUAGUGGCAGCUUGGGAGGGCAGAGACAGGAGGAGGUGGAUGGAGAGGUUCCCGGGGGGCAGCUGGAGACAGAGAAGACACCAGGCCAGGGACAGGGCACCCUGGAACAGCUGAGACAGAGACAGCAGGAGGACCAGGAGGAGAUGGAGGAGUUGAACCGCAGGAGAGAGGAGAAACGCAGAGCCAGGGAGGAGGAGGAGCACCAGAGAGAGAAAGAGGAGCAGCACAGACAGGAGCAGGAGGAGGAGGAGAAGAAGAGGGUGAAAGACGGGAUAGAGAGUAGGAGGAUGGCGGCUUCAGAGAGAAGGAUGAAGAACCUCAGCAUUUCCAGCAUUGAGGGAGACGAGUCCUUCAGCCCCUUCAGUCCCAUGAGCCCCACCUUCAAGAAUGACACCGAGGAGAGGAUGACGUCUGAGAAUACCUGCACGAUCAACGAGAGGACUGAGUCUCUGAACCGCUCUCUGCAGAAAAGUAACAGCAUCAAGAAGAGCCAGCCUCCCAUCCCCAUCUCCAAGAUCGACAACAGGCUGGAACAGUACACUCAUGCCAUAGAGACGUCCUCUAUGGAAGCCAAGGCAGCCAGGCAGCAGGCUCUGACGGACCUGCCCAGCCCCACUGAGCCUGUGGCCUCCAAGAAGAAUCUGUUUGAGGCCGGGGAAGCUUGGAGCCAGCCGCCCAGGGAAACACCAUCCAAGGAUACAGAGGGUCUGAAUGUAGGCGUGGCCGACCUCAUCCACCAAUGGGUGAAAGGGAACCCAGACGGAAGCUGCAAAAGCCCCUCCAAGCCAGCAGAGGUGAAGGCCGGUGAUGUUCUGAGCAAGAAGAACCUCUGGGAGAAUCUAGGAGACUCUUCCCCGUCUGGGGGAGCUCUGUUAGGAGCUUCCUCUGGUAAAAAGUACACAUUUGUGAUGAUGACUCACGGCAAGUAUGAGAAGGUUGCUGUCGGUGAUGGUAAUGAUUACAACUGA